AUGCUACGUUUUGACUGGACAGUCACAACUGGAACGCGCAGUCCAGAUGGUGUCGAAAAGCAAGUCUAUCUUGUCAAUGGAGAAUUUCCUGGACCAACAAUUGAGGCUCGCUCUGGGGAUAGAAUUGUUAUUCAUGUGCACAACCACCUCACUGAUGAAGGCCUUUCCCUACACUGGCACGGUCUGCAAAUGAGAGGCAACAAUUCCAUGGACGGAGCCGUCGGCGUAACACAAUGUCCCAUACCCAGCGGCAAUGAUUUUGUUUAUGACUUCAACAUCGGACAUGAUGAGCAUGGUACGUUUUGGUGGCAUAGCCAUCACAAAGUUCAGCGUGGCGAUGGACUAUUUGGUGGAUUGGUGAUUCAUCCUCCCCUACAACGAGCCGCACCCCAUGAUGACUACGAGGACGUCCUUCUCAUGGUAGGUGAUUGGUUUCAUCAACCGCAAGCGGAAGUCCUGGAUUGGUAUGCAGGAUGGACAAGUCUCGGCGAUGAGCCAGUGCCAGACUCUCUGCAAAUUAAUGGCCAUGGCCGAUUUGACUGUUCCAUGGAGAUGGCUGCAUUUCCACUCAACUGCACAGACAAGUCAGUGGCAAAAAUGACACCCAUACUUCGGCGCAAGGCUGCCAAAACGAAACUUCGACUCAUUAAUGUUGGCACCAUUUCCGGCAUCACACUCAUGGUGGAUGGGGCCACUCUACAGCCAAUCGAGGUGGAUGGCGGAUGCCCCGUGCAAUCGUCCAUCGCAGAUGCUAUCGGCGUCCUGUACCCUGGCGAGCGCACUGACUUGAUGCUUGCUUGGAAAGACGAUUACAGCAGCCAGUCAUGGCUCAACAUAUACCUGGAUGAUGAAAACUACUCUCGACCCAACCCUGCGCUCAUCGAAGAGCAGGCCUUCCCCGCCCUGCCGGAGACAACUCUGGCUGCCAAGUUCCAGCCACCCAGAGAUCUUGCAGCAAUCGAAACGCGUAUCGAUCUUUCGGAGCUAUCUUCCGAGGCUCCCACUAAGACCGUCCUUCCUCCCGCGCAGAAGACAAUUUUGUUCUAUCUCAAAACAAUGAUCAAGUCGCAUCUCGGUAAUCGGCCACAUGGUUAUAUAAACCACACCACGUGGGAGCCGCAGUCUACGCCGCUUCUCUCACAGAGUCGGCAGAAUUGGGACGAACACCAGUUCUUCCCUUACAUUGAGAGCGGAUCCACCCCUAUCCAUGUAGACCUCAUCAUCAACAAUUUGGACGAUGGUUCGCACCCCGUGCAUUUGCAUGGGCAUUCGUUUUACGUCCUUUCGUCCUUCAGAGCCAAGGGCCGCGGAGGCUGGGGCAGCUACAACCCGUAUGACCCAGCUAGCGUGCUGCGGCAGCCAUUGAAUUUUGAGAACCCUCUUGUCAAGGAUACCAUUAGCAUUCCUCGGCGCGGGCAUGUUGUCUUGCGAGUGUUGGUGGACAAUCCUGGCUUGUGGAUGCUUCACUGCCAUAUGAUGGUCCACAUGGGUACGGGCAUGGCAGCAGGAUUCCAUGUCGGGCCGGCAGAGGACGAGCAGCAUUUGCUCGCCAUGAACCCGACGGCUUCCGCUCUCUGUGAAUCCACAUAG